AUGAGUGGCUUCCAAGACCCUGCGAAACUGGCGGCGGCCAGAGAGCUCGCUCAGAGCUUCUCGAAGAUGAAGGACCCAAAGAAGAAGAAGGGCGGCAGCGGCGGCGGCGGCCAACAACAUCAACAGAAACAGUGGGAGGCAUAUCCGCCACAACAUCAUGGUCAUCACGCCCAGUUUGUUCCACAACAAUCCUGGCAGAGCGCUGGCCCUCCCAUCAGCUCGGUGCCGCCUCCCAGCCAGAGGAUGUAUGCUACUACCACAUCCUUCUCGACUGGAAGGGCCACCAAGACCAGCGUCAUUGGAAACGCGGGUUUAGAUUUCAUCAAGCAAGCUGGUACGAGGCCUCAGACAGCAGGACAAGUCCAACCGAACCAAGUUCCUAUGACGAGUCAGACGCUGUAUACUGGCUUUCCAUCCGAAAUUAGCAGCAAUGGUGCUGUGGACUAUACCCAAUUUACCUCUGGUUUCUCGCAGCCCGCCGCUCCUGGAAACAUUCUCGAGACUUUCUUUGCCAUCGCGGCGAAGAAGCCGACACUCGGGCAGGAGAUUGAGACCUUGACCGAGAUCUUACCCAAGGCUAUGGAUCUCAAUGCCAAAGGAGCAACAGCCACGAACGCUCAGGCAGAUCAGCAUGGCUCCUAUGCGAACGGCAGCCAAGAGCAGAAUGGAAAAAGUAAGCCCUUGGGCCAUCGCAUGUCUCGUGGCAACAGUGAUGCAAAGAUCAACAAUGGCCACACUUCUUCUCGGACAACCGACAAGGAGGUGACCCAGACUCGAGGCUCACACUCGCGCAAAUUGUCUCCCGUUGCGGCGAUCUUUGUGCCAGCCAACAAUUCAGCUUCGCAACAGUGUACCGGUGUCGAGUCGAGAUCCUCUGCUGCCCAGCAAACCAAGGGAUUAUCAGCCUCGAUGUGGGCAUAA